AUGGCCAGCAUGGCAGAAAGAAGCAAAAACAACAACGACGACGCUCUCAUUCGACUUCAGAAGAAGGCAGCUCAGACAGCGGAUCGAUCACCCGAUGCGUUUGUGGAGAAACUCGUGAGUUGUGUCCAGGCGUGCGAUAAGCUCCUUUUGACUAACAAGACAUGGCUUACAGACAACUCUGGCCUCAUGGUUCAAUGCGACAAAUGCGAAGUCUGGCAGCAUUGUGAAUGUGUAGGAUUGGAAGAACAAGACAUUCCUGAUCAAUACUACUGUGAACAAUGCAAACCUGAGAAUCAUUCAGUUGUAAGGCAGACGCAUGGAAGAACACGUCGGUCUUACAGGUCUGGCGGAAAAGCUGCAGUGGCUGCCGAUAAAAAGGCGCCCAAAAAACGUAUGACACUGAAUAGCAGGGAGGCAUCAAUGCCGUUGGAAGAUGUGCUAGCAGCGAGGAAUGCGCUUGAGAGUGCGACUAAAUUGUCCAGUCCGUCAGAUUCCCCACUUGCCUCACCCAUCGAACUCCCCGAGGAGCUUGAAGAUGAGAGACGAUCAGUGAAGCGGCGCCGAGACGAUAAGGAGGCAGAUAGCGACUGCAUGGACGAUGAAGUGAUUGCGGCGGCAGACAUUGCCCUGAAAGAAUGCACGGAAAAAAAGACUGAAAGCCCAACUGAGCUUGAGCGCCCAUCUACAAACACACCAUCUACAACUAAACCUAUAAAAACCAAGCGAUCAGCCAGCGUACGAAACAAGACAGAAGAUUCAGCUGUGGCCGAAAAACCAAAAGGAGCGGAGAAGCGUGGAAAGAGAGAGCCGGCUAAUAAGCGAGGAAAUUCGACCACAAGUAAACGUGGACAAGCUACAAAACCGCGUUCAAGAACGUCAACUCCUCAGCCAAAUGAGCCUAUUCAGCCACCUGUUGACAUUGGAGCAUCUAUUUUUCAACACUUUUCUCUGGAAGCACGCGCCGCCUCCCCUCCAGCGCGAAUACGCGUUCCUUCUGCACGCAUGAGCAUCCUUGACAUGAACAAACGAGCUAAACAAAUCCUUGAAUAUAUCAGCACCCUCCAGGUGGAAAUGGCCAACAAAGAUAAUAGCAGUGUCAAAAAGGAGCAUGUACACACUACAAGCAAGCCUUGGACACCAAAAACAAGCGACGAAGGAGGAGACUUAUUAUCCAGCAUAGAAGUAACAGGAAUUUCAAUGGAAAUUACUCGGGAAGAUAUUGUAGCAGGUGUGGACAGUAAACGAAAAAAGUUUCGACCAGAUCCUAUUUCCAUUCCAACCCAAAUCGACCCCGAUUCUCCUUCUUCUUCUCUUAGCAGUGCUAGCACCCUUCCGCUUGAUGAACCCCCACCAUCACUUGCAGACAUUGAAAAAAGUGUGGCUGAAGAAGCGAUUGAGCGACAGGAUGCGCUCAUAGGCAACAAGACACAAUCUUCACUUGAAAUCAUGGAUGUUCUUACACGCGAACUGAUUCGGUUUCAACGUCGUUUUGGAUCAGGUAGCAUGUCUCUACAGUCACGCUUGAAUGGCAGUGGCAGUAGUAUGCGAACGCGUGAAGAAGGGCGGUUAGUAGAGAUUGAGGGUCGAACAACUCGGAGUAGAGACAUGGCAAUAAGUAACAAUCUGCGGUCUCUCCAAGACAAGCGAGCCACAUAUCUCUCCUAA